AUGGCGCCCAUGCAAGCGUCCGCCGCGCUGUCUCUGGUACACCUCCAGAACUGUCUUGUCAACCUGCCUCCGUCGCUGGCCUCGCUUCUAGCCAACGCAAACACACCCGCCCAAAAUGUCAUCGUCGAACUCCGCUACCGCGCGCGCGCUCCAGCCGGGAGUAACUCCGACCCAAACAGCCCAUCAACGAAGCACAUCUUCCUUGGAUGGAGUGGCAUGCCCAGCAAGCGACGAGUCACCCCGAUAGUCAGCCGGGAUGGCAUCAACAGCGGCCGGGACACGCGUGACCAGGACCUAGGCGCCGUCGAGCUGGACGCCACGCUCGCGGGCAACUUGGGCUUGAUCGAUGGCCAAAAAGUCACCGUGACCGUCCACUUCGACCCGCCUCUGGUACACACCGUCAACAUCGAGCCCCUGACCCCGGACGACUGGGAGAUGAUCGAGCUGCAUGGGACCUUUUUGGAGGAUAACCUGCUCUUCCAGAUCCGCGCCGUUCCGAACCCGGCGCAUGCUGCGCAGUCUCGUAUUCCUGCUACGUACAUGCACCCGCUAACGCUGCACUUAUCGCCGACGUCGACCGCGAAUAUCAAAGUGUUGUCGAUCGAACCCCCUCCGCCUGCCAACGUGCCGUUUGCGAAGAUUGCGCCGGAUGCGGAGGUGAUUGUGGCGCCGAAGACGAGGGAGAUGGUGCGCAGUAGUAAGGACAACAAGAGUGUGGGCGGCGCGUCGCGGAAGAGUGCCAGGAGCUCGACGAGCACCGCGAGGAGGAAGAGUGCCCGGCAGGAGAAGAAGCCGGUUUUGUUUUUCAGGGGGGUUGAUCGGAAGAAUUGCCAGGGUUGGUUCGAUGACGACGCCGAAGAGCAAGAACAAGAUUCACACGAGCCGCUCAGCCUCUGGGUUGACCGUGAUGUGCUCUCGGGGAAGGACCUGAAAGGAGUGAAGUGGGUGUCGGUCAAUGUUGUGCGGCCCGCGGGCCUUCAACAGCCGCUGGACUCGGCAAACCAGCCGCAGGAGGUUGACCCGGCAUCAAAAGCGACUUCCAAAGUGGUGGCUGCGUUGAGGCCGUGGGACGAACCUCCUGAUGGGCAAACAACCGCGUUAUCCUCAGCAUUAUGCUCUGCGCUUGGGUGUGAAGGUCUGGUCGGGGGCGUGGUCAAGAUCGAGCCAGCAUCUGCCCCGCUAACUCGAGGCGAUGCUUCGAUCCAAAAACUCAAGAUCUACCCUUUCCAGUCGUCGCAGCCUUCUUCCCAGUCCUCGGGGCUCAAGUUCGGCGGACAGUCCAAGGCAGAAAAGGAAGAGGCCGCGAACCAGGUCAAACACAUUUACGGGCCAAGCGGGAACAGUCUCCUCCUUGGACCCCUGACGGAUGGUCAAGUCUUAGGGGUACACCAGGGCCUCGAUUGCCCUCGUGGCUGGGAGGGUGCCGUUUUAAGAUUCGAGCCUUUUUCGGCAUCUUCAGGACCGGGAAAGAAGCCUGUGAACUGGAUUCUAGGUGCAGACUGGAAACUACCGAUCGUGGUAGAACCUCCGAUCCCGAAACCCACGUGGUUGUCCGAUCUCGAGACCGACCAGCUAGACACCUCCGACACGCUUCUGGUCGGGAUCGAUUCCCUCCUGGGAAAGCUCAAGUCACACCUCUCCCACAUGUCUUCGGUGCUCCUGACCGGCGGCCAAGGUUCCGGCAAGACGUCCGUUGCGCAAUCGGUCGUGCGUACGAUGCGGUCGUCCCGGCUCUAUCACACGACCUACUUCCCCUGCACGAAGCUCGUCAACGACGAAAGCAGGGUAGCGACCGUCAAGGAGACGCUCAACCGUCUAUUCAUGGCCGCAAGCUGGGGAGCUCGGCAAGGCGGCAAGGCGGUCGUGAUUCUCGAUGACCUCGACAAGCUGUGCCCGGCCGAGACGGAGCUGCAGGUGGGUAACGAGAAUGGGCGCAGCCGGCAGAUUAGCGAGGCGAUCUGCUCCAUGGUCAGGGAGUACUGCGGCAGGGACAGCAAUGUGGCGUUGCUGGCGACCUGCCAGGGCAAGGACUCGUUGCAUAAUGUCCUUGUGGGGGGGCAUAUUGUGCGUGAGAUUGUCGACCUGAGCGCACCCGACAAGGAGACGAGACGGCGCAUUAUGGAGGCGCUCACGAAGCAGGGGUCUGUUGUCCCGGAGGAGCUGGAGCCUGAGCACAGUGAUGGUAGCCGGCCAACUACGGCCGAUGGGAGCGCCACCGAUGGUGAUGGCGGUGGUUGGAUGGAUGGGCCUAGCCGGCCGACAUUGAAACACCCUGAAGCCAAUAAGCCUAGUGGGUUUGUUCUUGACAGUGAUCUGGAUUUUCUCGAUAUUGCUGGUCAGACGGAUGGCUACAUGCCGGGGGAUUUGAUUCUGCUGAUCUCCCGGGCCCGCAACGAAGCGUUGAGUCGCAACGUGGGAGAGUCUUCUGACCUAGAUGCCACUACCAUCCACUUGAGCCGCACCGAUUUCGACAGCGCCUUGAAAGGUUUCACCCCAGCCUCGCUGCGCAAUGUCACGCUCCAAAGCUCAACCACCACCUUCUCCUCGAUCGGCGGCCUGACAGAAACCCGCCAGGUGCUCCUCGAGACACUCCAAUACCCCACUAAAUACGCGCCCAUCUUCGCCCAAUGCCCGCUCCGCCUCCGCUCCGGUCUUCUCCUCUACGGCUAUCCCGGCUGCGGCAAGACCCUCCUAGCCAGCGCCGUGGCCGGCGAGUGCGGGCUCAACUUCAUCAGCGUCAAGGGCCCCGAGAUUCUAAACAAGUACAUCGGUGCUUCGGAAAAGAGCGUCCGCGACCUCUUCGAACGCGCCUCAGCCGCGAAACCCUGCGUCCUCUUCUUCGACGAAUUCGACUCCAUCGCCCCGAAGCGUGGCCACGAUUCCACCGGCGUCACCGACCGUGUCGUCAACCAGCUCCUCACCCAAAUGGACGGCGCCGAGGGCCUGUCGGGGGUCUACGUUCUCGCUGCCACCUCGCGUCCGGACUUGAUCGACCCUGCGCUGCUCCGCCCGGGCCGUCUCGACAAGUCGCUGUUGUGCGACUUCCCUACGGCCGAAGACCGCCUUGACAUCAUCCGCGCCCUGGCGCAGAAAGUCAAAGUCGCGGACGAAGUGUGGAAUUCAGAAGACAACGUCCUCGAACUAGGCCGCCGCACCGAAGGCUUUUCCGGUGCCGAUCUCCAAGCCCUCGUAUCCAACUCCCAGCUUGAAGCCAUCCACGACGUGCUCAACGACCGCGAACAACCCACCACCACCUCCAGCAGCCACCGCCGCGCCGGUCGCAAGACCAACGCCGCGGCGUCCUCCUCCCGGAACUUUGUCCAGUUCCGCUAUGGCGAUGAUGCCGAUGGGGCAGACCCCACGGCUGAUGCCGCCACCGCCCCUCGCACGCGCGCGGCACAACUCGCUGAACAAGCCGCGAUCGCUAGUAAACUAGAGGGUAUCAAACUCGCCGCCAAGCGUGCGAAACAAUUCUCUAAAGCCGCCGCCGCUGGUCCCUUGAAUCCCAGCAAGAACAGAGGCGUGAACGGGAUCCACCCUACUGAUGACACAACUGCUGAGAGUAACGGUAACAGCACACCGGAAGUGGUGAUCAGGUGGGAACACUUGGAUAAAGCGCUGGAUGCGACAAGGGCGAGUAUUAGUGUGGAUGAGCGGGCGAGAUUGGAGAGGAUUUAUCGGGAGUUUGUGGUGGGGAGGAGUGGGGAUAUGAAGGAUGGGCAGGGGAGUAUGGAGGUUGGGGGGAGGAGUAGUUUGAUGUAG